UUAGGCUAUCGCUUUUGAAUCGAUAAAGGAGAAGAGUGUUGAGGCAAAAUGGUGUUAUGGGAAAUUACAUUGGGAACGGCCUAUUUUUUAGGUCUUAAACGAACCUACAGGCUUGCUCUCAAAAUCCAACGGAACCUCAUCAAACGCCCUGCGAUUCGCCAAUUUCUUCAUAGACGAACUCGAACUGUGUUUGAUGGGGCGGUUAGUGUUUAUCGCACGAUACAAGAGAGGGAUAUUGAAGUUGGUCGGAACCUUGGCAACCGGAUUCUCCGGUGGCUUGAUAGAAUGAAGCCUGAAGCUCAGAUCAGAGGACAAUCUCCACCACCCCCUAAAAUAAACAGCAACACGACAAAUCAGUUGAACAAUCAGCCAAAACCUACGGAUAAAAAAUCAGAUAGACAUCUAUUCACUGCUUCUCGAUCUAUCUUACCUAAAAACCCUACCAUCGCGAUGAUGAUGCAGCCAGCAAGGUCUAUUGGACAUAAUACACAAUAUAGGCAAUAUGGUGCUGCUGGUUUAGAGCUUUUCAGUUUUGGCCCUACUGGAGUGCUCACUGGAGUAUGUAUCACUAAUAUCCUUCAAGACUUGAGAUCCAAGAAAAUCUUGAAAAGGUAG